UCCAAGCCUAGCUAUCGGAUCGAGUGUAUAAUGGAGCCGCACCGGGGCUCGGCGCACUCGAGAUUAUUAUCGAGCGGACCGAAAAAAGAGGACCUGAGCCUCCGCACAGAGCCUAUAUUAGGAGACCCGAAACGGCAGUGCCAGAGCCACGCAUUCCACUUUAUGCGGCCAUCUGCGUAUUCUGUCUUGCUGUUUCAAGCUGCCUGCACAGUCCAGGUUUUCCGACGCCGCUGUCCAGCCCGGACGUCUGUGUGGCCUGGCUGUGCCGGUAUUGAUUUCAGGGUUUUGGCACUGCCGCGGCCGUCGGCACGGGCCCCAGGUUGUGGGCCUGCAUACGCGCGCGCGGCCCUGGGCUUUGUUCGCGUAACUCCUCCUCAGGCUCCCAGGACCACCCAGCACAACUUCACAGACCGUCUGAACACACACCUCCUAGCCUAAAAUGGGUACAGCGACGGUGCGGUCUGGGUCCAUCAACCUCCUCAACACAAUCAUCGGCGCCGGCAUCCUCGCCAUGCCCUACGGGCUCCGGCGCAACGGGCUUCUUUUCGGCACGGGCCUCAUAGUGUGGAGCGCCCUCACCUCCGCUUUCGGGCUCUAUUUGCAAAACAAGGUGGCCAAGUACACGCAGCAGCAGGGCGCUGUGUCGUACUUCAGUCUCUGCCAGUUGACGUACCCGCAGCUCCUGGUGAUUUUCGACGGCGCCAUAGCCGUCAAGUGCUUCGGCGUGGGCGUGCUGUACUUGGUGGUGAUUGGCGACUUGAUGCCCAAGAUCGCCGAGAGCGCCGGCGCGCCCGCGGGCUCCGUCUUGCUUGCGCGCAACUUCUGGAUCUCCGUGUUCAUGGCCGCGGUGGUGGCGCCGCUCAGCUUCCUCAAGAAGUUGGAUUCCUUGAAGUACACCAGCGUGGUGGCUUUGGUCAGCGUGGUGUACCUCAUAUGCCUCGUGGUGGAGCACUAUUUCGCCGACGGAGGGGCCGCGGACGCGCGUGAAAUCGACUGGGUGGGCCCCGUGUCCUGGCGCCUGACGUUGACGUCCUUCUCCAUCUUCGUCUUCGCGUACACGUGCCACCAGAACAUGUUUGCCAUCAUCAACGAGCUCCAGCCCAGCGAGAAGCUCGGCCUGCCAACACGCCAGCUGAACCUCAUCAUCCGCAACGCCAUCUCCGUGGCGUGCCUGUCGUACUUGGUCGUGGGUGUCUUGGGCUACUUGACCUUCGGCAACGCCGUGAACGCCAACAUCAUCAGCAUGUACCCGCGCGACUCCGUGGCCUCGCUCGUGGGCCGCUUGGCCAUCGUGGUCAUGGUGCUGUUGUCGUUCCCGCUCCAGUGCCACCCGUGCCGCGGCUCCGUCAACCACGUGAUCCACUUCCUCCGCCAUGGCGUAUCCUCCGGCUGGAAGCUCCGCGCCCCUGUGGCUGCGGCUGAGUACACGCCGAUUCCGGGCGACACGGACUCCGCCGACGUUCUGUUCGACCCCUCGUUCGUCAGCACCACGCCCAUGGAGGGCGCCCAGGACACCGACGGACAUGCGCCCAUCGUCGUGCCCUUGACCGCGUUCCGCUUCUACGUGAUCACGGCCGUGAUUGUUGUGGCCGCGUACCUCGUGGCCAUCUCCGUGCAGUCGUUGGCGCUGGUGCUCGCGUUUGUGGGCGCCACGGGCUCGACUCUGAUCUCGUUCAUCUUGCCCGGGCUAUUCAGCUUUUCGUUGAUCAAGCCGCUCGACGGCGCUGCGGUGUUGACGCCGCUCGAGAGGUUCUGCAAGUACGGCGGCUUGGCGCUCUCCAUCUGGGGUGCGGUGGUCAUGGCCGUGUGCUUGAGCGCCACCCUCUUCCUUGCGCCCGAACACUAGGCCACAGGACCGGCCAUCAGGAGUCGUGGAAAAUCAUCAUGUAUUUG